UAAGUAAUUCAAAUCGAAGCACUCGAAUUCAAACGUCCCGCGUGGAGUGGCACGAUCGUGAUCGAUGGAGCCACUUCGCUGCAUCCAACAUUUCGUCUCAUCCCUCCAUCGUGUUCUCACAAAUCAGCAGAAGCAACAAGUUUCUUCUUCGCUCAUCAAUAGUUUGACAUCGCAUCGCAACCAUGGCUCGAACCAAGCAAACCGCCCGUAAGUCCACCGGAGGAAAGGCUCCACGCAAGCAGUUGGCCACCAAGGCUGCUCGUAAGAGUGCACCUGCCACCGGAGGUGUCAAGAAGCCCCACCGAUACCGCCCUGGUACUGUCGCCCUUCGUGAGAUCCGUCGCUACCAAAAGAGCACUGACCUCCUCAUCCGAAAGCUUCCCUUCCAGCGUCUUGUCCGUGAGAUUGCUCAAGAUUUCAAGUCCGAUCUUCGUUUCCAAGGAUCAGCAGUGUUGGCUCUUCAAGAAGCGGCCGAAGCCUACCUUGUCGGUCUCUUUGAAGAUACCAACUUGUGCGCUAUCCACGCCAAGCGUGUUACCAUCAUGCCCAAGGACAUUCAGUUGGCCCGUCGCAUCCGUGGAGAGCGCUCUUAAGUUGCUUUCCAACACAACAAAAAAAAAAAAACGGAUUUUAUAAAAUCCACCCUUUCCACAAAGACCCAUGGAUAUUCUGAUGCGGUUGACAGUGUUGUUGCUGCGUGUGGCUGUUUUGUUGUUGACCCGAAAUGAUAGUGUUUCGAACGAUGGGGAUGCACGAUGAAGGGGUAUGUAUAAGCGCGGGAAUUAUUGCGUCUUUAUUAUUUCUGUAUGUUUACUUGAUGAUGCCAGGUAGCGAAUAACUGAUCGCACAUCAUUUUCCGGCUCCCAUUGAUGUAUAACUAUUAGAUCUAGUUAGUAAUGU